CGCUUCUAUUCAUCAGCUUCUCAGCGAGGGAAUUUUCACACUGCCAAAAGUCUCCAUUUCCACAAUGGAGCUCAGCUUGUUGCCUGAUGUUGCUGCCUGGGAAGAAGGUGAAAGAAGGCCUCAAGUCAGAGGAGAUCAUGCUGCCAGGGAAACCCAAUUGCAAUCGAGUAUGCCUCCUGCAGAAGGUUCCCAAAAGUUAUGGGACAAAUUGACGAGUGAGCUAGGCUUAUGCAAGAGCUUAUGUGUCAAGCCUGGAAGUGAUGGGUGUUCAACAGGGGUUGCACGCUUGAGCUGUGCAGGGGAUCUGACAAAGUAUGCAGCCGCUGUGAGGGCCAGCUUGCCACAAAUACAGGCGAACACUUUUUCAAAGCCCCACGGUAUAAUUGAAAUGCCAAAUCCUCCGCCGGAGUACUUCCUGUUUGAACCCUUUGUGGAGACAGAUCAGAUUUCUGCACGAAGCAAAUCCGUAUGGAUGAUGGCUGGCGGGGAACCUCAAGCGGUUGACGAUGGGCUAAGCUGGGCGGGAAGAAGUCGAUGGGUGGAGAUCACUGUAGGAGUCCUUGGAAGUAAGAACGAGAUGCGUGCCCUCACUCCCAGCAUCACAGUCAGAGAAAGCGGAGACAUCCUUUCUCUAGAGGAGAAGUUUCAAGGUGGAACAGGCAUUAAUCUGACACCACCUCCAGCAAGCAUCGUGAUCAUCAUUGAAGCGAACACGAUCCCAGGGAUGACGCCGUCAACAGUGCUUUUUCACCAGGCCCUGGCGGAGAACCCCCCACUGUCGCCGCAGGAGUUUUUGAAGACGGCAGUUCUUUUGGCACUGGAGCGCAGCAGCUCGUUUGGCAGAGCAGCUGCACAACAAGGUUCGACUGAUUUGCAGCAGACUGAUUUACAGAACUGACUCUCUCAUUUUGGAUUCCAAACGCAAUAAUCUCAGAUUCGGAAUCAGACACAGAAUCAAAUUCAGAAUCACAA